AUGAUUAUCUCCGUGCGCUGCUUCACCUGCGGCAAGAUCGUCGGCAACAAGCGGGAGGCCUCUGGGCUGCUGCAGGCCGAGUACACCGAAGGGGACGCCCUGGACGCACUGGGCCUGAAGCGCUACUGCUGCCGCCGCAUGCUGCUGGCCCACGUGGACCUCAUCGAGAAGCUGCUCAACUACGCUCCCCUGGAGAAGUGACCCUGGGGGACCUGGGGGGUGGGGAGCACGCUUGAGCGCAGCUGUGUGGACAGGUGGCGCCCACCUCUGGAAGCCAC